AUGGUUCGGGGAGUUCUUCUACAUGAAAUGAUUCAUAUGUUUGACUACUGUCGUAAUAAACUUGAUAUGAAAAACAUUGAUCAUUUAGCCUGUACAGAAAUUAGAGCAGCGAAUCUUGGACACUGUAGUUUUAUGAGUUCGUUAUUGCAAGGCGACUCAUCUUUGAUUAAUAUAAAAGCAACACAUCAGAAUUGUGUGAAACAUAAAGCUAAGCUGUCAGUAAUGGCUGUGCACAAAGUAUCGGACGCAGUAGCAAAUGCAGCUAUAGAAAGAGUAUUUACAAAAUGCUAUAAUGAUUUAGAACCAAUUGGCAGAAGAAUUCGUAGAAAUUCUCUUGAUAUGCCAAGAGCAUAUGCAGAAGGACAUUUAUAUGGAUAUGAUACGUAA